UCAGUUUUAUUCUAAGAAACCCCCCUAAAAAAAUCUCACUCGCAUCUCAUCUUAUUUAGCCAUAAAUCUAGGGUUCUUCAUAUUCUACUCUAAUCCAUUCUUUCUCUACUUCUGUUUUCCUGCUCUCAUUUUCUCUCUCAACAGUCUCGCAUUUUUCUGCGGAAAUUUUCGGAGACAUUCUCUGUCAAAGAUGAGAGAAAUCCUUCACAUUCAGGGUGGACAAUGUGGAAACCAAAUUGGAUCCAAAUUUUGGGAAGUUGUCUGUGCUGAACAUGGCAUUGACCCAACUGGAAAAUACAGUGGGACCUCUGAUCUUCAACUUGAGAGAGUCAAUGUUUACUACAACGAGGCCUCCUGUGGGAGAUUCGUCCCUCGUGCUGUGCUCAUGGAUCUGGAGCCUGGUACCAUGGACAGUGUGAGGACUGGGCCAUAUGGCCAGAUUUUCCGCCCCGAUAACUUUGUAUUUGGACAGUCAGGUGCUGGAAAUAACUGGGCCAAGGGGCACUACACUGAGGGAGCAGAGCUUAUUGAUUCAGUUCUCGAUGUUGUUAGGAAAGAGGCUGAGAACUGUGAUUGUCUCCAAGGUUUCCAAGUUUGCCAUUCACUUGGUGGUGGAACUGGGUCUGGUAUGGGUACAUUGCUUAUUUCAAAGAUCAGAGAGGAGUACCCUGACCGAAUGAUGCUUACUUUCUCUGUGUUCCCGUCACCAAAGGUUUCUGACACAGUUGUUGAGCCUUACAAUGCUACGCUCUCUGUCCACCAGCUGGUUGAAAAUGCUGAUGAGUGUAUGGUACUUGACAAUGAGGCUCUCUAUGACAUUUGCUUUAGGACUCUCAAGUUGACUACCCCUAGCUUUGGUGAUUUGAACCAUUUGAUCUCUGCUACCAUGAGUGGUGUCACUUGCUGCCUGAGGUUCCCUGGUCAGCUGAACUCUGACCUCCGCAAACUUGCUGUGAACUUGAUUCCCUUCCCUCGUCUUCACUUCUUCAUGGUUGGCUUUGCCCCACUCACAUCUCGUGGGUCCCAGCAGUAUCGUGCACUAACUGUUCCCGAGCUCACCCAACAGAUGUGGGAUUCUAAGAACAUGAUGUGUGCUGCAGAUCCUCGCCAUGGACGUUACCUCACUGCUUCAGCUAUGUUCCGUGGUAAAAUGAGCACUAAGGAAGUUGAUGAGCAGAUGAUUAAUGUUCAAAACAAAAACUCUUCCUACUUUGUUGAGUGGAUCCCCAACAAUGUGAAGUCUAGUGUUUGUGACAUCCCGCCUAUUGGCCUCUCUAUGGCUUCUACUUUCAUCGGAAACUCGACUUCCAUUCAAGAGAUGUUCAGGCGUGUGAGCGAGCAGUUCACUGCUAUGUUCAGGAGAAAGGCUUUCUUGCAUUGGUAUACCGGGGAAGGUAUGGAUGAGAUGGAAUUUACCGAGGCUGAGAGCAACAUGAACGAUCUUGUGUCAGAGUACCAACAGUAUCAGGAUGCCACUGCCGAUGAGGACCUGGAAUACGAAGAUGAAGUUGACGACGACUACGAGCAUUAGAGCGGAUUUUUCCCUGUGUUCCUCCUUGAUUCAUACAAUCUCGAGUAGGAAAAAUGCCCUGUUUUCCUUUCUAGCUUAUAACUUUAGUAUUUUUAUUAGAACCAUUUUUUGUGAUGUGCUCAAAUCCGCUGUUCUCUUGCCCUUCUAAUUACAUGACAUAUAGCUGUUUGUUAGGCUCCUUGCAAAUUUGUAAUGUGGCAUAGAUAGUCGUUGUCAGUGAUGACCUUUCUGCAGUGUCUACACUGUUGCUAUACCAUGACCUGUGGCUGUGUGUUGUGAACUUGCUUGAUAAUUACGAUUUGUUCCAUGUUCUUUCA